GGCAGUGGAUGGCACCGCCAAGACUGGACAUGUUCACGCCUCUAGCAAGACGUCUUCAUACGGCCCACACACCCUCGGUGGGUAGCCGGAUGACCAUGCUUCAGAGUCUUCGUCUCAACGUCACCUUUCUCCUAGUAGUCCGUCGUAGCUCCUUCGCAGCUUAGAAAUAGCAGAGGGUCCGCUAUGACGUCGCAGCGUUGUCACGAUGCGCUCUGGACGAAAAGUGCAUAUGGGCGCCGCCGUGCCGCUGCUCAACGUCCCAUUCUAAACUAUCACUAUUAUCACAAUGGUUAACAAGGUUUUUCAACUGAAGUGCGAGUGCAACCAGUACCCAUGGGGGAAAAAGGGUCGCGAGUCCAUCUCAGCAACAUUGUGCGAGAAGACACCGGGCAAUGGCUUCAAGCUGGAUGAAAGCAAAUCCUACGCCGAAAUGUGGAUGGGCACAUACCCGACUUUGCCGUCAAAAGUAUUAGAAACGGGUGAAGACCUCCAAGAAGUACUUGACAAGCACUCAGACGAGCUCAUUGGUCAACAUGUUAUCAAGAAGUUUGGUCACACAAACUUGCCUUACUUACCUAAGGUUCUAUCGAUAGCAAAGGCCUUACCUCUGCAGUUGCACCCUAAUAAGGACCUCGCCUCGAAACUUCAUGCGAAGGAUCCGGAUCAGUUCACCGACUCGAACCACAAGCCCGAGAUUGCUCUGGCCCUUGGGCCUUUUGAGGCCUUCGUUGGUUUCAAGCCGCUCGAGGACAUUCAAAAGUUGAUGGAGCUGGAGCCUCUCCAGCAAUUCCUACCCAAAGUCCAGAAGCCAGUAUUUGACGACCAGGUCCUCAAGCAUGUUGUUGAGGCUCUGCUGAAAGCAUCUGAAGACGACGUACGGAAGACUAAUGAGGCGCUACUAAAGCUGCCCAAAGAAAAGUUCGGCAAGGAGACAUUCAUUCCCGAGCUCAUCCCUCGUCUUUCGAAGCAGUACGAUGUCGAAGACAAUGGUACUCUUGUGGCACUGGUCACGAUGAACUACAUGCAGCUCAACGAGGGCGACAGCAUCUACAUCCCUGCCGAUGGCAUCCACGCUUAUCUCUCUGGUGACAUCAUCGAGUGCAUGGCACGAUCCGACAAUGUUCUCAACACUGGCUUCUGCCCUCGUGCUGACCGUAACAAUGUUGACACCUUUGUUGGAUGCCUGACCUUCAAUCCGCACGACACAAGCGAGGCGCUCCUCAAGCCUCGCGAAUUCGACGGCAGUAAGAAUGGCAACACUCAAAUAUACGCGCCACCGAUGAGCGAGUUCAACAUGCUGUUGACUACCCUGGAAGAUGGAGAGAGCGACACAGUUCGCGCAAUUGGCGGGCCCAGCAUCAUGAUCGUGACCGAGGGCGAGGGCACGCUCAAGGCAGAGGGCAAAGAGCACAAGCUGAGCGCUGGUUAUAUCUUCUUUGUGGGACAAGGAACUGAGCUGGAGUUCUCUGCAACGAAAAAGCUAAAGGCGUUCACGGCCCACGCGGAGUAAAAAACGAGAUGAGGCUGAAACUGUCUCACGGACAUGAUGUUGAUUGGAGGAUUUGCGACUACCAAGACUAUCUCCGCACGUAGUAGAACUGAAUGAGUCCUGAUGUAACUUGUUCAAGACAUCGACUUACAACUUCGAGAUUCCACAGUCGGCAAUGCGGAUCCGGUGUUGCCGUCCCCCACAUAAUCCUUGCUCUCCCCGCACUACAUGCAUGCAUCCCCAGCUCGUUCCGGAUGCCCCGCGUAAGAGCUAUAAAACCAGCGAUGCAGUUGACAUGU